CAAUCAUAAUAACAAAGAACUUACCAAAAGCUAGCAGCUGAGAGGAAAUAAAAGUGAAACGAAAGUUAAAUUAAUUAGUGUUUCUAGUACAUGUCCUUUUUAUGUUACCAAAUAUUAGUAAAGUAACGCAAUCAAAGUUUUCGCUGCAGACCUAACAGCGGAAAGUGUAAUAUAUUUAGUUUGAUAAGUGAAGUGCGAAAACAUUCGAAUAUUACAACAAAGCGAACAUAUUCAUUUUGGAUAGUUCCUGCACGACUCCAUAAUAGCAUCCCGCAACGUACAUCCACACAUAUAUAUAUUUAUGUUCCAGAGAGCGUAGUCAAAUAUAUUCAAAAGGUGUGUGGAUACAAGCAGCAUUUUCCUGCAGUAAAAGCUGAUAGUAAAAAGAAAAUGGGAUUUGGUUCAUUGUUAAAUUAAGUGUUGAAGUGAUACACGAAGUAAACAAACAGGAAACGAAGCCAACAAAAUCAAUUUCUUAUGUUCAAAGUGAGGUGAAAAAUAAUAAAAAAUCAUUCAAUAUGUUGUACAUAUUUCACGUGGACACCGGUCAUAUGAUGAAAUUUGACAUGAAUAUGGCUCUGGAAAGCGUGCAAAGCUUAAAGGAUACUAUCGAAAGACUGCAUGGUCUACCGACCAAUCAUCAGGUGUUGUUGAUAAGCGGCGGAGAGAUUUUACAGGAUGGAUCAAGAGUGUGUAGCUACUCGUCCGGCACGGAUACGAAUCCUAUUUAUAUGUUUAACACAUCAUUCGUAGAACUAAAAAAUGCCCAUCCACCGGGACCGAGCAUAGAACCGGAUGACUUCAAAGAACAAGUAAAGCGCUCACUAAAUCUGCCUGCCAACUAUAGUACAGUGUACAAUCGUGCCCAGCUUGCGCAAAAAAUUCACGAGCGAGCAAAAGAGGAGAUUAAAAUAUGCGAAACGUUAGUAUACGAACAGCACUUACAGCAGCAAGGAUGGGCUGCUGUAAUCGCCAACAUGGAAGACCUGACUGAUGAGUUUCGGCAACGCUGUGAAGAUUUUUAUCGGUCAUUCGAUCAACAUUUAUCGCGGCAAACCGAGUACAAUGAGUUUCUAAGCAGUUUCAGCGAAGAUUUGGAGAAACUGUCGCGAAUUCCCAUUUUACCCGGCCUGAUGUCGGAUGCAUCGCAAGGAUUUCAUGGAUUCGACGACAUUUACGAGGAAAAUGAAUCGUCAUCGGCAGCAGAUAGUACGGAACGUCCAAGUAGUAGAAGUAGAUUGAAUAGUGAACAGCUGGAUACCGAAGAGCCGUCAAACGAUGAAAUGGAAAUCAGCGAACAACAGAAGGCCCGCGGAUUGACAUUGCUGAAUUGGAUAUCGGCGAAAGAGAAUCAGGCCACGUUGCAGAGUAUGGCCGAAAGUUGUGUGAAAGGAUUGAAAAAAAUUGACCAAGAAGUCAUUACGUCGCUAAAAACGAAUGUGGAAAACAUCAUUUCAUCAGCAACAAUGGAAGAUAUCAAGGAGGUCAAAGGAUUGAAAUCGCGUCUCGAAGGCUUAGAUCGUCUGAUGUUUGAGGCGAAAAAGAAGACCCAAGAUCAGAACGAACUGGCCACGGCCUUCCAGCAGAAUCAGAUCCGAGCGAACAAUUUGGGCGACGCAUCGAUUUUGCCCGACUUGUGUGAAUCGCAUUCUAGUCAACUGAAUGUCAUGUUGAAGAACCACUUGGACAUCCGUGACAUUCGUCGGCGUGUUUCAACGGCCAAAGAGGAAUUGGGCGUUAAUCUAAUGCAGCGACUUAAGUUUAUAGUUCAAAUAGAGAAUCGUAUGAGUGACUUAGAUAAUCAAUUGCUUUUCUAUCAUCGUUGCUUGCGACGCGUUCAACGUCAUUUAAUCAUCAUCGAGCAAAUUCAUCAUGCGCCCAGCAUGUACGUUACGGCUGUAACGGAAGUGGUGAGACGUAGACAAUUUUCAACCAAUUUUUUAAUUUGGGCUUCCGAUUUAGCUUCUCGGUUAGUUUCGAUUUACGAUGAGGAAGUUAUGAGACGACAAGACUUUUGUGCUUCAUUCGAAGGACAUUUUCUAAAUUCAUUAUUUUCGGGUACGAACGACAUGCCACCAACUUAUGCUAUACAAGCGCCAUCGAUUUUUGACUCAGGAUUGCCUAAUUUAACACAAAACGACCUCGAUGUGCUCUCUACGUGUUUACCAGAAGUGACAUCAAAAAUACCACUUCCAGACCUAAGUGCUGUGAUACAAUUCUUUAUGCAAACGAGCGGGAAUUCGAUUCAAACAGGGAAGGAUAAAAAUCCAUUGGAAAAGAAUGUCAAAGACGGGUGUGAUUCGGAGACCGAUACCGAGGAAUUCGAGCAAGUGGGCCAGAUAGAACGACGUCAAGUCAGUACAUCAACAACAGAUGUGACACAACCGCCAGAAACUGCCUCGAUGAGUACAUCAACGUUAGAGAUAGCUACGCGACAUGUGGAAACGAUAACCGAGGAAAAUCUGGGCAGUACACGCCUAGAAGUGGAACGUCUACGAGGAUUACUCCAUUCUAUGCACAGUGUGUGUCGAAAUGCCGUUGGUCUGCUUCGUGAGCAACUGUCCAACAUCAAAAAAGAUUCCGAUUCUGGUAAACAGGCGCUGGAACAUCAAUUCGAGAAAAUCGCUGAGACGUGGGACAAAAUCAAAGACGAAGCACAGAAUCGCGAACGGGAAGCCAUCAAUCGGCUGACCGUCGACCAUGAACUGGAAUUGAAUGACAUAAAGAAGUAUUUGAAUACGAAGGUCGAGGAAAUCGAUGCGUUGACCAGCGACAAAAGUCGUCUGGAAGAAAUGCAUAAACGACUUGUAGCCGAGCACGAUAAAGACAAAGAAGACUUGCGAAAAUCGAUUGACGAGAUGACCAAUCGGAUCGCCGAAAUGGAAGCACAAGCGAAUCAGGUGCUCGCCGAUAAACAAAAGGCUGUGAAUGAAAUUAGAGAUAAGUUACAUCGGGAGCACAAAACCGAAAUUGAGUCGCUGCGUUGCCGCUUCAAAUUGAUGGCCACUAUGGACCGUUCGCCAUCCGAAACGAGUCUGGAGAAAAUCGAACGACCCGAUGCCAUCGAAAUCCACGGCUCCAUACCGAAGUUUUCGUUCGGCACCAGUUCGCCGAAAUCACCCACAUCCAGUCAGGAUAUGUUCAAACGGAUUCUGGAUGAGAAGGAACGUCAAUUGGAUACGAUGCGUGAGCGUAUGGACGUGCUAGCGCGUGAGAAUAUGCGGUACAAAGGAACGAUUCAAAAUUUGGCCGAUUCGGAUGAAACGGGUAAACAGAUGUCGAUGUUACGAGCUCAAUUAGAUGCGAUGCAGUUGGAAAAGCAAAAAUUAGAAAACGAAUUGAAAGCAGAGCGAAGUAGACGGGACAUGGAGGCAUCAGUAACUGUGGAUCGAAGUGUUCUGACGACUUCCACCCGAGAACUUGUGAGUCCUUCAUCCAGCUCAUCGUCUCGUCUUCGGAGCUACUGUCAGCGGCACUUUAUUUGCAUUGACUCGUGCACCCGUGGUGAUCACGUGUUGAUCGUUUGGAAUGGAUCUCAUCGACAAUUUACAAUUGUUCAAGAUAAUCCAGUUCUAUUUUUCCUGCACGCCGACAGCCAUGAAGCAUUGAAUUUAACGGUACCACCCGAAAGGGAGCCACCAUUAUGUCAUGCACUCGGCAUCGUCACCGACAAAGAGUACUGCCAUGCUAAGAAGAACGAGAAUCGAUACAAAGUCUCAGUGGGAACCAAAUUCUAUCGAGUGAAAGUUCGACCUCGAUCACCAGCUAAAUGCGAGGGAAAGUGUUGCCCGAAACGUGAACGUCAUGACACUGAAAAAUCACACCAGCAACAACAACAACAACCAGCCAUUGUCGCGUCAGCGAUUCCACAGAAUUUGAUCGAUUCAUUUGCACAAACCGAUGCUGUUGACAAUGCAAAUCGAGACAUGGUUGAUUCGGGACUGUCCAUUCAUACACGGGGUAGCUACAAAGAACGCAAUAUUAGCAUUACCGAAGAAGAUGAGCCAAUAUCGCUGUCGUACGAACGUCCACAUUACAUUAGCGUUACGGAGGAAGAGGAAAAGCCAUCCGGAAGUCAGCGCAAUGAGGACACAACAGAAGGAAAACUGUUAGAUGAUUCAGAAGAUGAAUUCUUUGAUACACCGAAUGUAACGUGGAAUUAGGAUAAGGAUGUAGGGAAGAAAAAAUAAAUUAAAUGUUUAAGUAUGUAGUGGAUCGUUGCGUAUAAUAAGCUGCAUUGUCAACACAAAGUAUUUUAAAUGUGCAUAAAAUAAUGUUUUUAUUUCCCUUAACUUAUUUUCUUUUUGUUGUACGACGAAAACGAUUUUAUUUUUAAAAUUGAAUUGAACUAUAAAAAUCCGUUGAUGAUGAUUUGUGAGCUAUGCAAAUUGUGUAAGUAAUUUUUUUUAACAAUUUUCAUUUCACUGUAACAUGCUAAUUACAAUUAAAAGAUCGAGAUAAAAUUUUCACGUAGUCAUUAGAUGCUAAAUGGGAGGAAUGAGGAAAAUUUUAAUGAAUGGAACCAGAUUGCAAUUUUCUGUCAUAUACCGCAUUAAACUAGCUUUGACGACAUAAUACACUAAAUCUUUUUACAUCCAGAAACCAAAAAUUAAUUUUAUUGGAACGACUUCUGCGGCAUUUGAUUUGCUUGAAGUAGUAAUUCCAGGUGUUUGAGAUAUUUUCCCUAAUUGCUCCUAAAUGAAUUGCUUUCCAUUGGUCACCCUUAUCAUUAUAUGGCGUACUGUUGUUGGAAUUUCAGUCUGAGAAAUGUUUACCAACGAGAAAAUUACACUCCUUUCACCAAAACACAUUAUAAUGAAUUGUCCAAUUACAAUUUAAGCUUGAGUGUUGUAUCGCUUCUCAAUGUUCUAGGCUUUUGAUACUCAGUGGCUACCUGAGGUUCUUAUUGAAAUAACAUCUUUUCAAUGUGAAGAUGUUAGGUUAACAUGUUCGUUUCAGUCUGUUGGCUUACGUGAUGUGAAAUUGCUUAAUUUCAUUGAUCUCACGUUCAGUGAAUUUCUUUUUAAUUAAUUGACCGUGACAAUGUUAUUUCCAAAUUAAAAUAGAAGUGGCCAAUGAGCUGAGUUUCCGGCCGAGAUUGUUGGUAAUAUUAGAACAAAAAUGAAGUUUUAGCACAUUGAUUGGAUCGAUAAUGUUCAUCAGUUUAAUUAAAUGUUCAGGUCGAGUAAUUAGUAGGAUUAAGCAUACUGAUUCCCCAUUGCGAAAAUCUUCAAAUCAGAUAGAUGUCUGCCUUCAAAUUCACUACCAACACAAACAAAUUUUUAGUUUGAGGAAUUUGUAUCAAAACUGCCCCCUUGCUUCCUGUGUCUUCAGCCGAUGUAGACGCAUCUCCGUCACCUUUUGAACUAUGAACGAAAACUCUUUUUUUCGGCUUCUGAACUGUUCCGGGUGACCAAUUCUGAGCAAAAAUUAAAUUUUCUUAAACCCUUCAUUCCAACAUUAUUUCUGCUUCCAUACUCAGUCAAAUGAUAAGCUCAUCAAUAUGGUUCGUGAAUCAAAUGAUAUGAUAGAAGAAAGUCCAUUAUAAAUUUAACAGUUCACCCUUCCCUUCUUCAUCAAAAUUAUAGGCAUCCAUCCUUCUAUGAAGUUAACAUUUUCCUCUUCUAAUCUUAAAACUUAACAAAAACUUGUCUUAAAAACGAGAUUGUAUUUAAUAUUUCAGAUACCCACCCGUAGGAUUGGAUUUUUCACUCUUAUUGAACCACUUAUAAUGCCAUUUUAAAACACAAAUAGAAAAAUUUUUAAACAAAAAUGAAUUAGAAAGUAAAAUGUUAGAUGUAGCUUCAAGACGGAAGUAACAUUUGAGCGUAAAUAAAAGUGAAAUGACAAAUUUAAAAAAAAAACGUAAAAAAAACCAAAACUUUUAAAUCAACGAAAUUAUUAGGAACUGUUGUACAUUCGAUGGGAAUUUAUUCUGCUUAAAAGAAAACAAUUGAAAAACAAGAAACGUAAAAAACUUAUCAACAGAAUCUAAAGUAAAAAAAUCGGAUCACUUAAUUUCAGAUUGGCUGUUUUAUAUCGUCUCUUUAUCAUUGGGAAAUAAAUGGAUCGAAACAAUUAAGAAAAAAGCGAAAAUUGUGAAGCAUCAGAUUUAUGUAGAUCGCUUAAAAGCUUUGACAAAAUAGAUUUGAUUUUAACAAAAUGAAAAUGAUUGUAGAGAUAGAGAUAUUUGUACUCGAUAAAUAUGUUUGCUCGCUGGUAAAUAUUGAUUCAAUGAAAAAUGUUACACAAAACGAAGAAAAUUAUGAUCAAAUUGAAACAAUACCGAUUCGAUGUGGUAGAUGGCAGCCGUUUUCUUUUUGUCUAUUUAAGUUUCUUUAACAGAUUAACUGAUUAGUCUCCUCAAAGUCAUUUCCAACUCUUUUUAUUUCGUUUAUUUUAAGAAAUUUUUAAUUAUUUUUCUAAUAAGAAACGAUCAAGUAAAAUAACUGUUUGGUCAUAAGUUUUGUAAAAUUUGAAAGUUUUGCAUUGAAACGGAUGGAAUGAUUUAGAAAUUUUGAGUAAAAGAUAUUGAAAACGGAUAAUUGUUUAAAUGGAUUGUGACAAAAUGCGGAUGAUUUUAUUCUAAUUAAUUAUAUCAAAAAUAUUGUGCCUCUGAGUUAGUAUGCGAAUGAUAUUUUAAGGUUAACCAAUUUGAUAAGAAAAUGAGUAAAAACUAAAAAUAAAAAAAAAUAAAAAAAAUAAAGAAACAAAAUCAAGGGAAUGGUAAAUAUUUUGUCUGAAAUUGAAAUUUGAAUCUUUACUCCCUCUCCAACAAACUUAAAUCCGAUUAUUUAUAAUCAAAUUGAAUGAAUCGAUUAUAGCUUUUAAUUGGCAUUCUCUUUAUUGUUUUUUUCGUGCAUAUUUCAGAGUUGAUUUUAUCAGUUUUUUUCUUCUUUCGUUUUUCGAAGAGUGAUGAUCGUUCUUUUGGUAAAUAAUA